UGUUGUGUCUACUCCUAACAUGUCUAUGGCUAUCAUUUCCUGGUCCACGUAUAGCGAAGACAGUUGCUAUGUGGAUUUAGAGUAAUCUUAAGAUGAUAUUUGUCCCAUCUCUACUCAAACCUUCCACUCGCUUGUUCAGCACUUCCCCGUGAAAGAUAGCGUGGUUCCCGGAGGAGGUUUUGGCGCGCAGGCGGUGAUUUAAGAAGAGUGCAACAUGUCUUGGUUGGCCGAGUUUGCCGGCAGAGCGGAAGACUUCCUGAAUAAAGUGGACCAGGGAGCUGCGACGGCCUUGAGCACAAGUGAGGCAAGAACAUCCCCCCUCACUUCAUUCUAUGAAGGAGACGCAGCAGUCCAGUCCGAGUACAAAACUGAAGGCUUUAAUAAGAGCAGUGGUGCUUCUCAGCAUGCAUCAAGCUACAUCUCUUCAGCAGCAGGCCACAUAAAGACAUCCAGUUCUGCUUCGGUCAGCAGGUCCAGCACCCUCCCUGGCAAGGAGGCCUCCAGUGGCACGUCAAACCCCGCCAAGGCUGCCUCCUCCUCCGGCUUCGUCAGGCGCAAGAAGAGCCAGCUUGACGUGGAUGACGAUAUGCUCUUUGACUUUCUAAACAGCUCAGAGCUGCCAGUCGGCGGCAGGCGAGACUCCAGCAGGGAUGCGGUCAAAGCGGCGGCACCCAGCCAGGUCGCGGAGGCUAAAAACCUGACUCCUCCUCCCCUCGCCGUCCCCUCUCUCCCGUCAACGCCCCCCUCCACCAGAGGAGUGUCCCGGGCCUCCAGCAUCAGCUCGCUGUCUGCUCACAGCAUGAAAGCAUCAGAAGAGUGCUCUGCUAAAGAACAGAGCCAAGACAGUCCGGACUCCCCUGAGCCCUGCGACACAAGGGUGGCUUCCCCUCAGGAGUCCGGUCCCCCCGAGGAGCCUCAUGGCCAGGUUCUGUCCAGCCUGCGUCUGGAGAACCAACUCCUGCGCAGUGAGGUGUCCUCGCUCAACCAGGAGAUGGCCUCGGUCAUCCAGAGAUCCAAAGACCUGCAAGACGACCUGAACAUCGCCCGGCUACGUGCCGACAAAUGGAACUCGGAGCAUGCUCAGGGCGACCGCGUGCUGCGAGGACUGCGCUCGCAAGUGGACGACCUGAAUGAAGCGCUCGCCGCCAAAGACGGUCAACUAGCGGUCCUCAAAGUCCGACUGGACGAGGCGGAUCAGCUGCUAAAGAGCCGCAGCGACGCCCUGGACGAAGCACAGAAGGAGAAGUCAAGGAUUUUGGAGAACCACACGGAAGGGAGCAGCAUGCAUUCUCUAGCUAUCCAGAGCAUGCAGGACCGGCUGCGAGAAGCUGAGCAGAGCAACAGGAGGGAAGAGGAGAGCUUUCGGCAAAUGCAGAGCGAGUAUUCCAGCCGCCUGUCCCGGCUGGAGUCCGAGCGGCAGACCCUGGCAGAGUCCUUGACGGCAGCAGAGAAGCGAGCCACAGAGGAGAAGCUGCGUGUGGACAACCUUCAUCAGCAGCUGAAGAGUGCCAAGACGGCGGCGGACACUGCCAAGCAAGAGUUACACGAUUACAAGCACAAGGCCUCACGAAUCUUGCAGUCCAAAGAGAAGCUGAUCAGCAGCCUGAAGGAGGGUUCGGGUCUGGACACUUUGGACGGCAGUGGGGCGGCGGCUGUAGAAAUGGAGGAGCUUCGUCACGAGAAGGAGCUGCAGAGGGAGGAGAUUCAAAAACUACAAUGUCAAGUACACUCGCUGCGAACAGACCUACAGGAUCUGGAAAGUCAGUCGCUGGCAGAGACAGAAACAUGGCGGGAUCAGGCGGUGCAGCUGGAGGAGCAGCAGGCUUCACUCAACAGGAUCAAACAGGAACUGGAAGCUGAAGUGGAGCGGCUCAAACAGGAGCUGCAGUACGUGGAAGAACAGCAGCAUCGGUCCAAAACUGCCCUGCAGAGCCGAGUUCAAGACAGAGAAGAUGAAAUACAGAAACUCAGGAAUCAGUUGACCAACAAGACCUUAAGCAGCAGUAGCCAAACCGAGCUGGAGAACCGUCUGCACCAGUUGACUGAGACGCUGAUCCAGAAGCAGACCAUGCUGGAGGCUCUGGGCACCGAGAAAAGCUCGCUGGUCUUCCAGCUGGAGCGUCUGGAGCAGCAGCUGAAGAGCAGCGAAGGAGUUCCGAGCGGGGGAGGAUCAGCCAUCGACAUGAGCACCGUCGAGGGACCAGGGACAAGACACCGGAACAUACCGGUCCUGUUCAGCAACCAAGAUAGUGCGGGGGUGUAUGGCAGAGUACAAAAGGCCGCCAGCACCAUUGACCGUUUCAGCAUCAGACUGGGGAUCUUCUUGAGGCGCUACCCCAUAGCCAGAGUGUUUGUCAUCUUGUACAUGGCGGUGCUGCAUCUGUGGGUGAUGAUUGUACUUCUGACCUACUCGCCGGAAAUGCACAGCACACAUCCUGACGGGAGCUAGAUGAAGAUGGACCACGUUGCCACAAAGCUGCUGGGAUUUAGGAGCUGCCUUUUUUUGCACAGAUGUCUGCUAAAGACGCUAUUUUCUCUCCUCUCCUACUGACAAGGUACAACUGACAAUUACUGAGCGAUAUCUUAUAUUAAUGCUCUCUCAAAUGCUUCCUGUCAUGCCUCUGUUCUCUUUUCCCUGCUUUCAGAGAUUGUAUUUAAAAAAGUAUAAAUAUUAUUUUAAUAAAUGACUUUAAAAACU